AUGAUAUUUCGACUACUACAGGUCUCCCCAAGAUAUGGAUCCAAAUGGUAUAAUUUCAGAAGCCUUCUGACACAUAUCCAACCCAAAAAUGACCUCCUGCCAACAAUAUUUGCCCUUUCUACAAAAUUAGGAAAAUCAGCCAUCGCAGUCAUCAGGAUUUCCGGUCCUCAAUCACAAUAUAUUUAUCAUCAACUUACAAAAUCUACUAACCCUCCAAAGAAUCGUUUUGCAAGUGUUAGAAAACUUUAUUCUUCAUCUACUACCACCCAAUUAUUAGAUGAAGCUUUGACGAUUUAUUUACCUGGACCUAAAACAUACACGGGACAAGAUUUAUUAGAAUUACAUCUUCAUGGAGGUAUAGCUAUCAUUAGAUCUGUGUUAGAAGCAAUCAAACAAUUACAUGAUCCAAAUAAUGGAGUAAUCAUUAGACAAGCUGAACCAGGAGAAUUCUCAAGACAAGCUUUCUUAAAUGGUAGAUUUGAUUUAACAGAAUUAGAAGGUAUAAGUGAAAUGAUAAAUGCUGAAACUGAAUCUCAAAGGAUCGCAACAUUAGCUUCAAUGACUGGGAAAACAAAGGGUGAAUUUUUAAAAUGGAGGCAAGAUAUCUUGAAUAAUAUAGCUAAUUUGACCACGAUAAUUGAUUUUGGAGAAGAUCAAGAUUUAGAAGAAACUUUACAUUUAUUAGAUGAUGUUGGUCAACAUAUAAUGAUUGUUGAAACUGAAAUUAAACAAUAUCUUGAAAAAGUUAAAUCAUCAGAAGUGUUACUUCGAGGAAUCCAAUUGGCAUUACUUGGACCUCCAAAUGCUGGGAAAUCUUCAAUUUUGAAUAUCUUGGCAAAUAAAGAAGCAGCAAUCGUUAGCGAAAUUGCCGGAACCACUCGUGAUGUUAUAGACAUCCCACUCGAAAUUGGAGGAUAUAAAGUAGUAUUGGGUGAUACUGCAGGUAUCCGUCUGAUCAACUUGGCUGAUCAAAUUGAACAAGAAGGAAUCAAACGUGCAAAGGCUAAAUCCUUAAAUUGUGAAUUUGUAGUAGUUGUGAUUGAUCCAAUUGCUCAUUCCGAUUUAAGUGAAUUGAAAGAUCAUUUACACUUGUUAUUACAAGCCAAUAAGUCAAUGUUGAUUGUUUUAAACAAAGAAGAUCUUUAUCCGGGAAUUAAACAUAGAUUAAUUGAAGAAUAUUCUGAAAAACUAGACGUACCUACAAAUCUUUUCAGAGUGGUUUCAUGUUCUACUGGAUCGGGGAUUUCUGAACUUCGAAAUUCCUUAAUUCAUGAGUUUAAAGUUAUUACUCAAUCGGAAACUUCUGACCCUAUUAUCGUGUCUUCUAGAAUUCAGGAUUUAUUGGAAAAUGAUGUCUUAUACGGAUUUCAACAAUUUUAUCAUUGGAAGGAUCAAGAUGAUGUAGUAUUGGCGGCAGAAAGUUUACGACAAUCUGUUGAAGGAAUAGGCAAAAUUACAGGUCAAGCUAUAGGAAUAGAAGAAAUCUUAGGAGUCGUGUUUUCAAACUUUUGCAUUGGUAAAUAA